AUGCUGUUCAAUCCCCAGGUAAAGCUCUCUCUCACGGAGAAGCUCGACUUUCUGCCCGCGCUCGUCUCCGUGAGUUUGGCGGCCUUCUAUGCCCUCCUGACGGGUAUCUGGCGCUCUGAGCGCCAGGCCAAGACCCUGUUCCUGCAUUUGGGCUACGCCAUCCUCCGCAAGGUCACCGCACGCAUGUCACCCAGCCAGAUUCAAUUCGUCUCGCCAACCUCCGACAAGAUCUACAAUCGGUUUGCGAAGAAAUCGGGUCGCGUGCCUGAAUCGGUGGAACUGGGACACGGCGCCCUCGGCCACUGGAUUGGGGACCGCAAUGCACCAAAUGUGCUGGUGUGGUUUCACGGUGGUGGAUUUGCGCUGCCCGCCAACAUGGGCUACUUCAAGUUCUACUCCAACGUCAUCCGCGAGCUCGAGCGCUCCGGCAAGCGCGUCGCCGUCUUCAGCUUGACCUAUACCUUGUCCCCGCAUGGCACCUAUCCGACGCAGCUGCGCCAAGCCGUAGAGUGUGUGCGCUACAUCGUGUCGCAGCCUGACCGUGACCCCAGCACGGUCUUCCUGGGCGGCGACUCGGCUGGCGGGAACCUCGUCGGUGGCGUGUUGUCGCAUAUCGCCCACCCACACCCCCAGAUUGCGCCACUGUCUCUGUCGGGCAAUCUGGGUGGUGCCGCCAUGAUCGCUCCAUGGACGCUGCUGGACACCGAAUUCCCGGAGCAGGAGAUCUAUUCGGGUGGUGACCUGAUCACACAGAGUGUGGCGGCUCCAUGGUCGAGUGCGUACUUGGGCAAAGCGUCACGGGAUUACUACACGGAUCUGUCCACUGCGCCAGCGGACUGGUACGAGUCGUUCCCCGUCAACACGGUCCUGAUCACUGGUGGUGGCAAUGAGAUUCUCCUGCCCAUCAUCCAAGACUUUGCCGCGAAGUUCAAGGAGGGCUUCCCGUCUGUGGAGUUGUUUAUUGGCCACCGAGAGGGACAUGUUGCGCCUGUUUAUAAUCUGUACCUGGGCGACAAUACCGAGACAGAGCAGGGAAAGAAGGUCAAGUCGUGGCUGAAGGAGCUGCUGCAGUAG